AUGGCCAUUUUCUCUGAUUUCAUUGAGGAUUUUAUGGAUGAUUUUUCUGUGUACGGAACAUCUUUUGAAGCAUGCUUAAGCAACCUCGAAAAGGUGCUCCGUAGGGGCAUUGAGGUAGAUCAAGCGAAAGUAGAGAUCAUAGAGCGUUUGCCUCCUCCCUCUGAUGUUAAGGAAAUAAGGAGUUUCCUUGUUCACACUGGUUUUUACCGGUGGUUUAUCAAGGAUUUCUCCAAGAUUGCUAGGCCUCUAACUGAGCUUCUCGCCAAAGAUGCCCCGUUGCUUGCUCUUAUCUCUGCUCCUAUCAUCCAAUCACCGGAUUGGAGUCUCCCCUUUGAGAUUAUGUGUGAUGCAAGUAAUUAUGAUGUAGAGGCUAUUUUGGGUCAGAGGAAGGAUGGCAAGUUUCAUGCCAUCUAUUAUGCAAAUAAGACAUUGGAUCCAGCUCAAAUGAAUUAUGCAACAAUAAAGAAAGAUGCCAAGCCUCUCCUGAUUUGGUGUAUUCUCCUACUGCAAGAGUUUGAUUUAAAAGUGAAGGAUAAGAAGGGUAAGGAGAAUGUUGUUGCCGACCACUUAUCCCCGCUGAUUCAUGAUGAUGGAGCAAGUUUGGAAGCUCCAAUUGACGAUUCAUUUCUCGAUGAGUGUCUCUUAGCUGUAGGUAUGAAAAGUGUUCCAUGGUAUGUUAAUCUAGCUAAUUAUCUAGCAAGUGGAAUCAUUCCUGAUGGAUACUUAUCUCAGAAGAAAAAGAAGUUUUUCUAUGAUGUCAAGAGACACUUUUGGGAGGACCUGUUCCUGUAUAGACUGUGUGUUGAUGGUGUAAUUAGAAGGUGUGUUCCACAAGAAGAAGUACCUUCUAUUAUUUCACAUUGUCACGAUCUGCCCUGCGGAGGUCAUGCUAGGAAUAUUUCAAGAAGAAAUGAAAUGCCGCACAACAACAUCCUAGAAAUCGAAUUUUUUGAUGUAUGGGGGAUGGAUUUCAUGGGACCAUUCCCAUCUUCCUAUGGGAAUAGGUAUAUCUUGCUAGCAGUUGACUAUGUGUCGAAAUGGAUAGAGGCUAUUACAUCUCCCACCAAUGAUGCGCGCGUGGCAAACAAGUUGGAUGACUCUCUUUGGGCUUACAUAACAACAUUCAAAACCCCUAUUGGAACUACACCAUACAAGUUAGUAUAUGGGAAGCCGUGCCAUUUACCAGUAAAGCUUGAACAUAGAGCAUUUUGGGCAAUCAAAGCCCUUAAUUAUCCUAUACUAUGUGCUAGUAAGAAUAGAUUGUUGGAUAUCAAUGAACUUGAUGAGAUAUGCUUGGAUGCGUACGAGAGUUCGAGGCUAUACAAGGAAAAGACCAAGCGAUGGCAUGACAAAGGUCUUAUCAAAAGGAACUUUGAGGUUGGACAAUUGGUCUUACCAUUCAACUCCCGUUUGAGGUUAUUUCCAGAAAAACUAAAGUCACGUUGGACGGGUCCAUUCAAGAUCACACGGGUAUUCCCCUAUGGUUCCAUUGAGCUGUCGAAUGCGAAAGGGGAAACAUUCAAGGUGAAUGGUCAACGUGUCAAACACUAUUGCGCAGUCAAGCUAACAACCUCUAAUAAGCACUUGUUGGGAGGCAACCCAACUUUGGAUUUGAUAGUUGAGUUGUUCAUGGAAUGCAUAAAACUGAGAAAUCUGCAGAAUUAG